AAAAGCGCGCUGUCUCUAGCUAUGCCCUGUGUUUUCCUGCGGUGCAUGGAACAAAGACCUUAAUGCCCAGAACGUACUUUGCUGCUGGUUUUUUUUUUUAACCCCUAAGCCAGGAUGCGUGGUUGCACAGAAAGCUGUUUUUUACUGUACUGUCUCCGUGGUUUUGAUCGGUGUUAACCCUAGCUCAGGUCCUGUCCACACGUAGGGUCACGUCAGAUGCGGUGGUCAUGCUUCUUCACUUGAGUUGGAUGGCGGUUCCCGGGAGGACGGGCAAUUACUCAAAUUAGUACGCUUUUGCUGCAGGUAAAGGCUAAAUAAUUCCACUCUGGAGGCUCCUCAUACUAAUAAGUAAGUCGUCUUACAGUUCUCCAAGCGGGGACCUGAGCAUGAUGCUAACUUGGGGCAUACCCACACUUCUUUCCAUCCAAGCCUUUCUGCUAGCUUCCAGGAAGCUGUUGCCAAGCCUCAAAACCAAGAAGCCUCGGGAACUUGUAUUGGUGAUCGGGACAGGAAUCAGUGCAGCGGUUGCUCCCCAGGUCCCAGCACUGAAGUCUUGGAAGGGGUUAAUCCAGGCCCUCCUGGAUGCUGCUAUUGACUUUGAUCUGCUGGAAGAUGAAGAGAGCAAACGGUUUCAGAAAUGUCUCCAUGAAGACAAGAACUUGGUUCAUGUUGCCCACGACCUUAUCCAGAAGCUGUCUCCGCGCACAAGCAAUGUUCGCUCAACCUUUUUCAAAGACUGCUUAUACGAGGUGUUUGAUGACCUGGAAUCUAAAAUGGAAGAUUCUGGGAAGCAGCUGCUUCAGUCUGUGCUUCACUUAAUGGAAAAUGGGGCGCUUGUGUUAACCACAAACUUUGAUAACCUGCUGGAACUGUACGCAGCACACCAGGGGAAGCAUCUGGAAUCUCUUGACCUGACUGAUGAAAAGAAGGUGCUGGAGUGGGCACAAGAGAAGAGGAAGCUUAGCGUCCUGCAUAUCCACGGCGUUUACACCAACCCCAGCGGCAUAGUGCUCCACCCGGCCGGGUACCAGAACGUGCUGCGCAACACGGAGGUCAUGCGAGAGAUUCAGAAGCUGUAUGAAAAUAAGUCAUUCCUGUUCUUGGGCUGUGGUUGGACUGUUGAUGACACCACGUUUCAGGCCCUGUUUUUAGAGGCUGUCAAGCACAAGUCAGACCUGGAGCACUUCAUGCUUGUACGGAGGGGAGAUGUGGAUGAGUUCAAGAAGCUCCGUGAGAACAUGCUGGACAAAGGGAUUAAAGUGAUUUCCUAUGGAGAUGAAUACGCAGACUUGCCCGAGUACUUUGAGAGGCUGACGAGCGAGAUCGCCACGCGGGGUCGAACAGGUGUGCCUAAGGAGGGACAACAGCUGAACGGCUCUGCCGCUGCCCACGCCGCCGAGAUAAAAGGAUGCAGCACUUGAGCAUCAGACUCGCCCCAGGACCUGUGCCGCGGCGGGGUCUCCCUAAGCCAGAGCCAGCAGCUCCCAGGGAGGCCUGCGCGAUUUAAGGCCAGUCUAGGGGAAGAGCAAAGCCCACUGCUGUCAAGCCGCUGCCCACACGCACCGAGCUGAGCUGGGACACUUCAGGCGUGAAACAGGGGCCAGGGCAGAGCUUCCUCGGACGGACACGCGCCUGGUUUAACGUAGUAGUUGUCUUUUUAGCGAGGUUGCGUGCGCCUGGGGAGCACGUUCUCCCUAAGGGAGCUGCAGCCACCUCUAAUUUCAUACCUAGUGCUUUUGUAUUCUGUACUUUGAAUUAAAAAAAAAUGAAACUUGAGCGCUUUUUUUUUUUUUUUUACUUGAAGCUCUAGUUUUCUAGUCCUGUCUUUAUACUGUACAGUAUUUUGUAUGUUGAAGCUUGUAUUAAAGGCCUGUUCACGUAA